AUGGAGUUAAAGCAGCUGCCGAGUCUGGUAGGGUUACCAGAGUCGAUAGGGCACCUGGGGGGGCUGCGAGUGUUGGAGGUAGAGGGGUGCGAUGCGUUGCGGGAGGUGCCUGAGUCCUGGGCGCAUCUGUCGGGGCUGGAGCGGCUCUGCGUGAAUGGCGCCAGGCAUUUGACGAUCCUGCCGCCCUUCCGCGUUGCGUCCUCUGCAUUGGGUGUUGGCGGUGGGAACGCUGGCGGGUUGAGGGCUGUAGGCUUGGUUGGAUUUGGUCUGUUGGAGCGGCGUGAGCGGCACAGGUCACUGGAUGAAUUGUCUCUUGAAGAUGCUUCGACUUCUGCUGCUGCUGCUGCUGAUGCUCAUUCUGAUGCUGCUCAUGCAUCGGCUGUCAGCACGCUGUUUGGCCUUAAUGCGCCCGCACCCGCAUUCCCCACCACCAAUACACUCAGCAACACAACCAGGUCACCUUCUUUUGCUGCUGCUGCUACUGCUGCUGCUGCUGCUGCUGCUGCUGCUGCUGCUCCAGGGCCGUAUUCUUUCCAUGGCCUACCCCUCCCACUCACCAACCCACCACACCUCUCCGCCACCCUUUCCUCCCUCCGUUUCCUGGAGAUUUCCGACUGUGCUUCGCUCACUUCCCUGCCCGAAGACCUCGGGCAGCUUCCUGCCCUUGACACGCUGCUCCUGCUCAAGCUCCCGUCUCUCGAACGCCUGCCCGACUUUCUCGGGCAGCUGCCCGCGCUGAAAGUUUUUGGCCUGUCACUCUGCCCGCGCCUGGAGGAGCUGCCCGUUUCCAUGGCGAACCUGCCCGUGCUACAGUGCCUGGUGAUCCAUGACUGCUGGCGAUUGGCUUCCCUCCCCCCCAACGCCCUGAAGCAGUGGGAAACCCUAACGGAGCUGAUUGUAGCGGAUUGCCCUGCUUUAGACGACCUUGGCUUUGGGCUGGAGGGAGCAGAGGGGGAGAGAGAAGGGGGGAGGAAGAGGCGGAGGUGGGCCGGUGCGGGAUGGAGGAGAGUGAGAGGGGGAGGGAUGGAGGGAGCGGGGCGAGGGGAGGGGAGUGGGAUGGGGAGGAGGCGGGUGGGGAAAGCAGCGGUAGAUGAUGACGAUGAUGAAUUCGAGGGAGAUUCUUCGGAUGAGGAGGAUGAUGAGAGUUACGUGAGUGAUGAGGAAGAAGAGGAGGAGAGUGAGACUGAUGAUGAUGAGGAGGGCAAUGGAUCAGAGAACGAAGAGGAGACGUGGGACGAUGACUCUCCCGUGCACUUCCCCUUCCCUACCACAUCCACAGCAACUGGGACGUCGACAUUCCGAUCCCCACACAUCCCAUCAUCUUCCUCAUCACCAUCAUCAUCAGCAUCGUUCCGGCCGGCACGGCAUCUGCACCACUAUGAGAGGGUGCUCUCGCGUCUCUCCCACCUUCAUUACCUCGAGGGCUGGCUGUCCGGCAGCCCGCCUCUGCUCGCCUACUUUGAAAACUCCUUCCCGCACGGCCUCUACUCCUCCCUGCGCCUCUCUGCCGCUCCUGGGCCGUCCCCUGCGUCCUUCAAUCUUCCUCCGUCGUCCAGCCCUUCUGCUGCUUGCAACCCUCUGCUGUCUGUCAUCCCCCCACCUCCGCCUGCCUCUGCUUCGCUUGCCACCACCACCGCCACUACUGCCGCUGGGGCAGCUACUAGAACCACCAACCGAGUCUUGGGCGGCGCACUCCCCCGUCUGCACAUUCUCGUGGUGGACGGCUGCGGUUUGGACUAUCUGCCGCCCAGUCUGCUGCAGCUGCCCGAGGUGAAGGCGAUUGGAUUCUGCGGGCGGCACGGCGUGGGGUUUAGGGACAAGCAGGCGCCGGGGAGGGAGGGGUUUUCCCAUCACGCGUGUGGCAGCCUGGACCAUUUCCACAUGUAUGUGCGUCACACCCGGUUCUGCUGCCGACACUGUGGUGCCAAGAGUCCUGGUCUGUUCCGUGGAAUAAAGGUGAGUCCUGAUCUGUUCCGUGGAAUAAAGGUGGCGAGGCUGCUAGUCGCAGCGCCCUUCCUGCUGGCGUUCCUACUCGCCUCGCUCACCUCCCCGGUGCUCAUCCCCGUCUUCCUCCUCGCCGCUGCUGCCAUGCUCUUUGCCUCGCUACUCGCCUCCUGGGUGCGGAGCAGGGAUGACGGCGGGAACACCCUCAGACAGGUGACAGCAGCGGUUCAAAGGGGAGCGUCCACGCUGCGAGCAGCCGUAACAGCGGCAGCAGCCAAGGCGGUCCUAGUGGCCACCAUGCUGGUGGCGCUCAUCCACCUCUCCCACCAGCUCUCGCCUCAGCAGGAGGCCACCGGCGUGCACCGCUCCCUGCUCGCCUUCGUGACAGCAGCGGUCCAAAGGGGAGCGUCCACGCUGCGAGCAGCCGUGACAGCAGCAGCAGCCAAGGCGGUCCUAGUGGCCACCAUGCUGGUCGCGCUCAUCCACCUCUCCCACCAGCUCUCGCCUCAGCAGGAAGCCACCGGGGUGCACCGCUCGCUGCUCGCCUUCGUCUCGCUGCUCUCCUUCCUCCUGGGAGGCUCCUGCAUGGCUCUUGCUGCGCACGCUGCAGUGUGGGUGUCCGUGCCUGCUGCUGCCAGGAUUGCUGCUGCUGCCAGGCGAUCCCCCCAAGAGGCCCUUCAGGUAAAAAAACGCAUGUUGUCGUCUCGCUGCUCUCCUUCUUUCCUCCUGGGAGGAUCCUGCAUGGCCCUUGCCGCGCAUGCUGCUGUGUGGGUGUCUGUUCCGGCUGCUGCCAGGAUUGCCACUGCUGCCAGGCGAUCCCCUCAGGAGGCCCUUCAGGUAAAAGAACAAAGACAUUGUCAUUUCGCUUCUCUCCUCUCCUUCCUCCUGGGAGGGUUCUGCAUGACUCUUGCUGCACACGCUGCUGUGUGGUUGUCCGUGCUGGCUGCUGCCAGGAUUGCUGUUGCUGCCAGGCGAUCCCCUCAGGAGGCCCUUCAGGUUGCAAUCCGAGCAGCGGGGGCAGCAGCGCUGGUGGUGGCAGCAGUGCCGGUGGUGGGGCUGGGCAUCAACUACAGCGCCCUGCUCGCCUUCUUCUUCCUUUCUUGCACAAUACCCCAUGCAUAUGCGGGAGCAGCAGCGCUGGUGGUGGCAGCAGUGCCGGUGGUGGGGCUGGGCAUCAACUACAGCGCCCUGCUCGCCUUCUUCCACAUGCACCUCGCCCCGCUCCCCGCCUCCCUCGCUGCACAAAAACGAAGAGGCCUCUCCGCCACUGUUGCCUCGGCCGCUACUGCGGGUUCGGCUAUGGCUUCAGCAGGACUUAAGCCCACUGAUUUGCCGGCAUUGCUUGUCUGCUUCUGUUUCGGGGCGGCAGUCGUGUCUCUCUUCUACCACCUCCCGCCGUCCAUCUUCUCCCGCUCCCUGGCUCUGGGCCACAAGCUUAUAUCGAGGAUGGACAGAAGCGCAUCUGAGGCAGCAGGAGGCGGCGCCAAUGUUGUUGCUGUUGCUGACAUGGUGGGCGUGGGCAUGGCACGGGGGGCAGCGAGGGCGUGUGAGGCGUUCUGCCUGGCUGCAGCGGAGGCAGUGGCAUCGAUGGUGCUGGGGGCACAUGUGGCACAGCACUGCGCCAUAGACAGUAGCCUGGCUGCAGCGGAGGCAGUGGCAUCGAUGGUGCUGGGGGCACAUGUGGCACAGCACUGCGCCAUAGACAGUAGCCUGGCUGCAGCGGAGGCAGUGGCAUCGAUGGUGCUGGGGGCACAUGUGGCACAGCACUGCGCCAUAGACAGUAGCCUGGCUGCAGCGGAGGCAGUGGCAUCGAUGGUGCUGGGGGCACAUGUGGCACAGCACUGCGCCAUAGACAGUAGCCUGGCUGCAGCGGAGGCAGUGGCAUCGAUGGUGCUGGGGGCACAUGUGGCACAGCACUGCGCCAUAGACAGUAGCCUGGCUGCAGCGGAGGCAGUGGCAUCGAUGACCCCACACAUGUCAUCAUCGACCUUACAUGCACCUCCCUCCUGUCCCUCCCUCCCCUCCCUUCCCUCCCUCCCCUCUCCUUACUAA